AUGAAUUUAAUACAAAGUGAGGAUGAUGAUCAUGAAAAGUUGUGUUUUGAUCUCAAUAAUAGUCCUCCAUCCGAUUCGUAUGAAAAAGAAGAUGAGGGUGCACAUCCUUUCAACUUAAACUUGCCACCGAUAGAAGAAAUAGAGGUUGUUUAUUUGGAUGGUGAUGGUGAUGGUGAUGAGUUAGAAGAAGAACUUGGAGAUGAUUCCUUUGAAGAAGAGUUGGAGCAAGGAUUUAAUGGUGAUCGUUUUGAAGAAACUAAUGGUGACAACUUCGAUGAAGAAUCGGAACAAGAAGCUAAUGAUGAUCAAUCGGAACAACAAGAAGGAACAAACGAAGGUUCCGUUAGUCAAUGA